UUAUAUAUGGAGUACUUGUAACUCUUAUUUAUUUUUCAUUAAAAAAUGUGAGUGCAGUGCUGGAUUCUGAUGAUUCCAACAGCAGAAAUGCUAGUGCGAUCGAAAGAAGUUCAAGACAAUUCUUUCCUUAUUAUGGAUUUGGAGUGGGGUUGGUGAGAUUCGAAAACAGCAUUUGUACUGGUUCUAGUGGUCUUAUGGGAAGUUGUUACAGGAGGAGACAAUGCUCCGAAUUUGACGGGAUCGGAUCUACCAGCUGUGCCAGCGGAAUAGGGGUAUGCUGUAUAAUCAAUAGGUCUUGUGGUGAAACAUCAAGCUACAAUAAUACUUACUUUGUGAGUCCAGGAUUUCCAAAUGUUUACUCCUCUAGAACUAUAUGCACACAUACCAUACAAAAGAUCAACUCCGAUGUAUGCCAGGUGAGAAUCGACUUUCUCACGUUGAGACUGGCUCAACCCGAUAGCAACGGUACCUGCAACACCGACGCCCUCUUCAUCUCAGGAGGCGCUUCUACGGUGCCCAUCCUCUGCGGCGAUAAUACCGGCCAGCACGUGUACGUCGAUUUCAACGGAAACGCCAACAUCGUCAUCACGGUCAGCGUCGGCGGCGCUGCGUCCACGGCUUGGAACAUCAGAGCUGCGCAGAUCAACUGCAACUGUCCUCAAAGAGCUCCUUCAGGUUGUCUUCAGUUUUUCAACGCAACAAGUGGAACAGUAACAAGUUUCAACUAUGGUUCUGCAGCAGCACAGAAUGGAACACGGCAAAUGGCCAAUCUGAACUAUGGCAUAUGCAUUGCCACUAUCAACAGAUAUUGUGGCAUUCAAUGGAGUGGGUCAGGCACCUUCAAGUUUGCAGUAUCAAAUAACACAUAUAACUCCAUAGCAGAUGGAACAAUUGGAACAAUAGCUGCCGAAAAUUUUGGAUCUGCUUGCACAUCGGAUUUCAUUGUUAUACCUGGACCCAUUCUAUCUUCUAACUCCACCAAAUUAACUUCAGACAGAUUUUGUGGCAAUGGAUUCGCAACAGUGCUUAGCGUUUACAAGAUCAAAUGCUCUGAUUGCAGUGCAGAAUACGUUGGUCAGACAGGAAGAUCUUUUUUCACCAGGAUAGCAGAACAUAAAAAUACAAUUGACAAAUAUAGUAACUUUGAUAUUAUCAACACUACAUCUUCGUUCGCAAACCAUAUUCUCGAGAAUAAACACAAACAUAAUAUACUACAAGAUUUUGAAGUCCUACAUGUUCAUCCUAAAGGCAAAAAGCUUAACCUUCUGGAACUUUUAGAAAUCAAUAGAUCUGCUCAUUCAAAUUCAACUGUAUACUGUAUAGAAGUGAUUGAGCUAUGUCAUGCUUUCAAUAAUUUUUCAGAAUCAUAUCGUUUGUGGACAUUAAGUACAAAUAAUGAAAUCAAUUUAGUUUCAUUUCUUCUCUUCGACAGAAUGAUUACUGAAAGAAAUGUGAAAUGUCCUAUUUUUUUAGGUUACACCAAACCCUUCGUUCUCACAGUGGUAACCGAUUCUAAUGAAGUGAACGAUACCGGUAAUCUAGGAUUUUCACUGGACUUUAGUCAGUUGCGAUGCAGUGGAUCCAUUCUUCUAGGGUAA